AUGUCGUUGGGAACUAUUUUCGUGAGCGACAGAAUUAGGUCGUUCCCUCCGCUAGUCGUCAUAAACAAGUUCAAGUUGGAUGUUGAGUCGAGCACACAACAGGAUCCACGUUACGCAGAGCACUUCCCCUUGGGUAAGAUCCCUUGUUUUAUCGGGCCCAAUGGUGAUCUUGUCCUUCAUGAAGUGAUUGCUAUUACCAUCUACUUGGUGCAAGCAGGCGAUGGAGAACGUAGUGCGUUACUAGGACGUCUGAAGGAAGAGCAUGCGGAGAUCUUGAAGUGGAUGAGCUUUACGAAUCUGGAUGUCUUGACAGCCAUUGAUGCGUUCAAACCACUCGUUGGGAUGCUUCCCUAUGAUAAGAAGAAGGUGGACGAUGAUUUGCAGUGGUUGGGCCGAUAUGCUCAAGUCUAUGAAGCCCAAUUGAGUAAGUCGUUGUACUUGGUCGGGGACACAUUUACAAUUGCUGAUCUCUUUUGCGCGGUGAUCUUGUCGAAGGCUUUUGAGUACUUCUUCGAUAGCAGUUGGAGACUGGACCACCCUUUUGUCAGUCGUUGGUUCACUAAAGUUAUGGAAGAUCCAGACGUGGUUAAGGUAAUGGGGAAAUUCAAAUGGGUCGACAAGAAGUAUGAGAAUGUACCACCAAAGAUCUGA